AUGCCGUUGUUUGAAGGAGAGCAGUUGGAAACCCGGGGUGGUCACCCCGUCAUCCACAAAUACCUCCCUGCCAAAAGAAACACGAAGCCGCUUGUGGUUUUCAUUCCGGGCAUGGCCCACUACGCUCGCAUCUCUUAUGGAGGACACGAGGGCCACCGCAAGGAAGACUUCCUAGCCCACUGGUUUAAUUGUCGUGGCUAUGGUUUCCUGGGCAUAUCCUAUCCUCUAGAGUCCGAGCAACCCCUCAUGUCGGCUGUCAGUCCCAACUUCACAAUCCACGAAUGGGGCAAGCAGACCGCCGCUGUUAUCGAUUCGGUCAUCACCACACACAAUCUCUCCAAGAAGAUCAUUGUGCUUGCUUGGAGCAUGGGCGGCAAGCUUCUCCAACCAGUUACAGUUCAGGCAAAGAAAUUCGGGAUCAAAGUUGAGCUAUUUGUCUCCCUCGCAGCCACCCCGGCUCUUCCCGGCAUUCUGCCCGCUGUGUCAAAGGCCCAUUUCGAUAAAACCGCCGCGGGUUACACAACCAAGAAAUCAUUGGAGGGGAAAUUCCUGCGACAAUUGGAGGAGCAGCGCCAUCUUCAAGAAAACGUUGAGAAUGGCUCUCCUCGACAUAUCAUCGAUCCCGCCAUCUACAAGAAAGAUUACAUUGGCGCCACGCCUAUCGGCCUGACUACAUCUGGAUUCCGGUAUGAUGUUGACACAGGCGAUUUUGUACAAGAAGUCGAUGAAUGGCAGAUUAUGGAAGACGGCAAGGCUCAUGACUUUUCCAACCUUCCACCAAUGGCGGCCAUAUACCCCACUAGCCCCCUUGACCUCCGCCAUGCUUUCACUGACAAAGCCACUUGGUCAUUCUUGAUGAUCCAGCGCACUAUGAACAUAUUGGCUCAAGACGAAAGGAUAGACGAUUACUGCCAGCAAGGAGAGGAUGCACCCGUUCCUACACAUGCAUCGGGCAGAACUCGUUUCAAGCAGACGCAGAAGUUUGUUACCGAGAUUCCAGAACUUAUGACGACUGCUAUCGAUGGCAACCAUUUCUUUUUCGUGGGGGAAAAAGGCGCGCGGGAGACUGUCGAGAAGGUGGUCAAGUUUUUGUGGAAUAAGCGUGACAUCGGCUUAGGCAUGGACUUAGAACUGUCCAUUCCAGAUGUUUCAGGGUAA